AAAGAUAAAGAUAAAGAUAAAGAUAAAGAAAAAGAGAAAGAGAAAGAGAAAGAGAAAGAGAAAGAGAAAGAGAAAGAGAAAGAGAAAGGACCCCAUUCCCCGCCACGACGCCAGAAGGAGCCCUUCCACGCCCCCUCUCCGCGCCCGUCCUCCUCGCCCACCGUGAAAACCCACGGAGACGGACGGCUCAUCGCCCGCGGAACAUCUCCAGCAGCGUCAGGAGGCGGAGCGGAACGACGUCAUCCGGGCGGCAUUCCCCCUACCACGCCCCCUCCCCCUGUCGUAACGGGCGGCCGUAAAGCGCGACGACGGCACGGAAGAGUGAUCCGCGCCCGCUACUUCCCCGGUACUCGCCUGGUACUCACCGCCCCCCCCUUCCGCGGCGAAGAGGCUGGACCAGGAGAUCGAGACGACGCGCCUCUACUCUGUAAUAGCGCUUCCUCCUCCUCCUCCUCCUCCUCCUCCUCCUCCUCCUCCUCCUCCUCCUCCUCCUCCUCCUCCUCCUCCUCCUCCUCCUCGCCGUCGUCAUUAAAAUGCGGCGUCCGCGCCAUCUCCCUGGCCUCGUUUACGACUAGAUCUCCGCCGUCCUCAACAACAACUCCCGACACGAGCGGCAUUUUGAGCAUCCAUUUAAACCUUCUGAAUGACACCUUGCACGGCGUCUAA